CAGACAUGCUUCUGAGAUAUUCUAAACAACGCUGACUUUUUGCAUCCUUUGCUUUUCUUCAGGUAUGUCAACCACGGUGGUUUAGCACCGCAUGGGUGCUUUUCAGUCCUUGCUUGAACCCCCUAACUGUCAGUAUUCUCACACUUCCAAACCAACUCAGUGUCAUUCUUGUGGAACGCUGUACAAUCCUAACGAAUCGGGGCCAGUUGACUCUCGAUCGCUCCGGUUGUAUACCCACCACUCUGCUAUACUCUGUGGUAUCCGCCUUGGGCGGUCUGAUCAGCUGCAAAACGACCGCGAUCUAGACCACAGAUUGCAGAAUGCAGCUACGCCACCAAGCUUUUCUAACCCAUUAUGUGGUGCGCGUGCAAACAAUACACUACCCUCAACUGGUCUUCCAAAACGAACGGUCGCUGGGUCAAAACCGUACCAGGCUACCGAUACUUUGUUCAGGCAUACAGCAUUCACAAAGAAAGAACGAUGUGCUUUAAAACGCGGAUUCUUUUCUACGGUGGAUAUAUGCAUACCUGAUGCGGCCGAAUCGUCCCAACUCGAGGGUUGUCAUAUACACGGAUGUUUGUUUGUGGAGCAUGGCAACCUUGUUUUCCAGGCCACAGACAACUCAACUGGGCUACCAUACCUUCUCACAUUAAAUCUGCAUCCAUCAAAUUUUAUUCCAUCUGGCGACCGAAUAGCGACAGAUCGUCAGAGUGACCUGACGGACCAUGGUACGCAUAACUGUUCGCGGUACAAGUAUAAAAAUGGCCGUUCUCAGUCGCGGCUCCAUUUGCAUCCAUCGUCAAUCUACCAUCGCGCAAAGCGCCGGCUGGUGGCCUACUUACGUGACAAUUAUGGAGUCAUGUCCAAAACACAGCUACAUUGUGAAUGUCAACAAAGAUUAUUCCCUAAAAGUGCCUACGUCUACACUGACCCAAACAAAAGACCCUGUGAACAUCAACCAAACCUCAUCCAUGGCCAUAGUACAGGUUCAGACUCUGUUUCGGUCGAUUUUCAGCACGACUCAUUACAUUUUCCUCCACCCCCGCUUCGUCUGUGUUGGCCACUGUUCACGCUGCGACGCUUCGGAUUCUAUGGAGAUAGUUUAUUCAAGCUUGAGGCAGGUCGACGUGCUCCUCGUGGUGAAGGACAUUAUUUAUUUAUUAUCAAAGGACUAACCGAAUUCAGACGGUAUUUUGAGGUUAGCCUCCUGGCAUCGACGAUGUCGCCCUCAGCUUCUGCUCAGACUCACAUGCUCACUGGAAAAAAGCCCACCGUGGACACCGUAACUGGAAUGCAGGUUUUAAACCUUGGUGAUAAUAAUCAAGCGAAGAAGAAGACUUGUUCCCUGUCCUCACCGCCUGUUAGGCAAUAUUCCGUCUCACCAACUUGUUUGCAUUGGGUACAUCAGCAACAAACUCACGCACAGUCUCGAAGUGUCAGUUUUCAGAACUCAUGUCCACAACUGACCGCCACUUCUCCGUUGCACGGUGCCUCACAGUCGUCACAUCAUGUCCGUGGAGAGGAUUCGGAAAGCGAUGAAAUAUCUACCCUCCCAGAUCCACCACCACCUCCUUUUACUGACAGUGUUGAUGAACAAGCGGCUUCCACACCAGUGUACAAACAUCGCCACCACCACUCUCAUCCAAUUUACGACAAUAUCAAUGUAAACUGGUUACGGUCCACCCCUGUUCACUCUUCGACCGUAACAAGGCGUUUCACAACGGACUUUCCUCUCUUUGGGGGCACUGACUGCUCGGGUGCAGUCAUGCCUUUUUCCUUGUCCCAACAUGCGGGUCGCCAAUACACUUCUCGCCGAGCCAUGACGGCCUUGGGUUGUACUAGCCGCUAUCCAAGUUCGCUUAGGCGAUGCGCAGAAGAGGACGAAGAUGGGGUAGUCUGUCCACCCACGACCAGCCAAUCUGGAUGUCACCGCAUCCACGGACAUCAGUCGCCUCCGCUUGUUGGGCAGUGCAGGACAUCUGGUACCAGACGUAGAAAUGAAAAGGUCAAAAUGAAUCCAUUUCGUCAUGCAAGUCUUCCAAGCCCGUUGUCUUUAUUUGAUGUUCAUUCCACGGUGGUCCCCGAACAGGUCGCUACACGAUCCUCUCAAGUUGCCUACUUUCAUAAUUCACCAGAUGAUUCAAGUUUUCCGUGUGUUUCGGCUGCUGAUAAUGGCGAUGAGGUGGUGGCAGCACGAUAUUACAACCUCAACAGUUCAGAGGUGUUGCAUCACUGUAAGAAGACACGCAGUCUUACGCGUACAGGUUCUGCUGGUAUGGAAUGUGGUGCGAAAAGUGCAAUCAGAACACGAAGUGGUGUCCGGUUGUCUGCUUCGUCAGUGUCUUGGAAUUCUGCGCUCAAGGUUAGUGGGGGUCGAGUCGAGGCUGCUGAUGCAUCAUCACUCGGCCGGACAACAACUGGUCACGAGAGUUUGAUGCCAGAAGGUCUUUUAUCUGAUGCUUCACCGUCAGAAUCCAUGAUUUCACCACGCCCUUUGACAACAAAUCGAUCACACAGUCUUUUGCAAACAGUUGAACCUCGACAAAGUACGUCAAACAUUUUACACUACGCCACUCUUGAUUUUGGUCAUCCUUCCCUCACCGCCGCAGAACCCCUUGUUUCUACAACCACCUGUAUUCGAGAAACCCAUUCACAUGAGUCCUGCGUUGUGGCUAAUUGUCCGGUGCACGCAUAUGGAACAUUGGUGCCGGGUACACUCGAGAACAUUGGUCGAGUUGGCCAUGAAGCCCCUGUUGAGGCGCCAGUUACCCAGGAUGCUGCUGUAGUUCAGCAAGAUGCCGCCGAACUACCGACAAACUACGUGGCCAUUUGUCAACUACAGACACUUGCAAUGAGUGCCGUGUUGAAUGCCACAACCUAGUGGCACAUGCUGAUGGACCUGUUGUUUCUCUCUCGUCUAUCUCUCAUUGCCCCCCAUAGCUUUCAGCUUUCAUUAUAACCCAUCACAGUGCUUUCAUUUUUUCCUGUUUGGUUUUUGGGUUCUUUUUUAUUUGUCUACUUUUUCUUUCAAACCAAUCUGGUUCUUUUAAGCUACCGCAUUUAGAAUCUGGUACGUGAAAUCCAGUUUUACAACACUAGUUAUUUUGCAACCUCUACUAACUUGUUUUCCCAGUUAACCACUGGCACCUUUAUGCACAAUAGGAUAAUUUUCAGGAUCCCGAUCUCUUUGUACAUAUUUAUUGCUAUCAAAUGACGGCAUUUGCCCAACUCACUUGACUGCAUGCUGCUGCAUUUACUGUUUUCUGGAUGCAUUUAAAUACUUUUGAAUUCACAAAAAUUCUUCCUCAACAUUUUUAUUCAUCCUUUAUUUGAGAUUCCGAUAAAUUAGAUGGCAAAACCCCGGUAUGUA